AAAAUGAAAAUGAAAAUUUUAAAAUUAUAAUUUUGUACAAUCACUUUGCAAAAUAAUUUGGCAUUAUGCAGUACACUUAAAGAUAUACACAUCCUCUCUUGAGAAUAUAUUACCCUGGAGAAACAGUUGCACCAAUGCACAAGUAGACAAAAUAAUGCUCAUAGCAACACUAAUGUUUAUAGCAGCAGUAUGACUCACUAAAAAUUGGGGAGAAAAAGCAGAUGUCCAUACAGUCAAAUGUAAAAACCAACUUUGAUAUAUUCAUGGUUUGGUUUGUUUUUGUAGAGACAGGUUCUCCCUAUGUUACUCAAGCUGGUCUCGAACUACUGGACCCAAGUGAUCCUCCCACCUCGGCCUCUCAAAGUUCUGGGAUUACAGGUGUGAGCUGCCACGCCUGGCCCAUCUUCAUGUUUAAUCAGAUACAAAAGACCAGUGAAAAUUAUUUAAUACAGCUCACACAAUUAUGGUAGUCAAUUGCAGAAUAUAUUGGCAGAGACCAAAUCACAAAAUGGUACACUGCUACAUAUUUCCAUUAUAUAAAAUUCAAAACAGGCAAGUUCAUAACAUAUUGUUUAGAGAUGCAUACAUAAUUGGUUGAACUGACAUGAAGCAUGAGAAAAAGAUGCAUAAACUUCAUGUUAAGUGUUAGGGGAAUGGGAUGGGAGAGGAGCACAGGGCGCUUUAAAAGUAAUGAAAGUUUUGUUGUUGUUGCUUUUGAGACAAGGUCUUGCUCUGUCACCCAAGCUGGAGUGCAGUCGCGUGAUCAUGGCUCACUGCAGACUCAGCCUCCCAAGCUGAAGUGAUCCUCCUGUCUCAGCCUCUUGAGUAGCUGGGACCACAGAUGUGCACCACCGUGCCCAGCUAAUUUUCGUAUUUUUCACAGAAAUGGGGUUUCCCCCAAAUCGCUCAGGCUGGUCUCGAACUCCUGGGCUCAAGUGAUCUGCUCACUUCCACCUCCCAAAGUGCUGGGAUUACAGGCAUGAGCCACCGCACCCAGCCAUCUUUAACAAAAGUUUAUCAGGUGAGGCCUGUAAUGAUCAACACAAUGGCUCAGUUCCUUCACUGAAUACCCUCUUAUUUUCAUGAUUCUUGCCCUCUUUUGUUAUCUUGCACCAUUUGAAUUAUCUUCCUUGUUGUAAUGGGUGUGACAUUAUCUGCAAGUGCAGGCAGUAUUGAAUUGUGUAUAUAACGAUGGAACCAAACUCCCUAAUGAGAUGUCCCUUACCAGGCUAUGAUUGAUAAUGUAAUUAAAGGAACCCCACCACCAAUGGCACCAUAUAUGACUUAGUGAUUGAGACGGUAGGAGAAUGUAAAAAAGGCAACUUCAAAUCUUUUAUCCUAGCUGCCUUGUAUGGGAUUUCAAAAAAAUUUUUGUUUUUGUUUUGAGAUGGAGUCUCACUCUGUCGCCCAGGCUGGAGUGCAGUGGCACAAUCUCAGCUCACUGCAACCUCUGCCUCCCGGGUUCAAGCGAUUCUCCUGCCUCAGCCUCCUGAGUAGCUGGGAUUACAGGCACAUGCCACCACAACCCACUACUUUUUGUAUUUUUAGUAGAGAAGGUGUUUUGCCAUGUUGGUCAGGCUGGUCACGAACUCCUGGCCUCAAGUGAUAUGCCCACCUUGGCCUCUCAAACUGUUGGGAUUACAGGUGUGAGCCCGAGUCCAGUAAAAAAAAAAAAGAAAAAGAAACCUUUUUUAAUAGAGACAAGGUCUCACUGUGUUGCCCAAGCUGGUUCUGAGCUUCUGGCCUUAAGCAAUUCUCCUUACUCAGCUUCCCAAAGAGCUGGGAUUAUAGGUGUGAGCUACCAUGUCCAGCUGGAUUGUAAAAUUCUUUUUUUAAAAAAAGACAGAUUACAUGGUGCAGCCACUUUUAAACAACAGUCUGGCAAUUUUUCAAAAAGUUAAACUUAGAGUUACCAUUUGAAGCCAGGCGUGGCUGCUGACGCCUGUAAUCCCAACACUGGGAGGCUGAGGUGGGAGGAUCGCUUGAGCCCAGGAGUUCAAGACCAGCCUGGCCAACUUGGUAAAACCCUGUCUCUACUAAAAAAUAAAAAUUCCUCUCUCCGGUCCGUGCCUCCAAAAUGACAAAGAAAAGAAGGAACAAUGGUCGUGCCAAAAAGGGCCGCGGCCACGUGCAGCCUAUUCGCUGCACUAACUCUGCCCGAUGCGUGCCCAAGGACAAGGCCAUUAGGAAAUUCGUCAUUCGAAACAUAGUGGAGGCCGCAGCAGUCAGGGACAUUUCUGAAGCGAGCGUCUUCAAUGCCUAUGUGCUUCCCAAGCUGUAUGUGAAGCUACGUUACCGUGUGAGUUGUGCAAUUCACAGCAAAGUAGUCAGGAAUCGAUCUCGUGAAGCCCACAAGGACCGAACACCCCCACCCUGAUUUGGACCUGCGGGUGCUGCCCCACGUCCCCCACCAAAGCCCAUGUAAGGAGCUGAGUUCUUAAAGACUGAAGACAGACUAUUCUCUGGAGAAAAAUAAAAUGGAAAUUGUACUUAAAAAAAAAAAAAAAA